UUUGGGCCAUUGGCGUGUAGUGGGGAGGGAGCCGCCAGCCAUCCUACGCCUGACAAGGUGACAACACAUGGCCUCGAGAAAACAUAGUAUUCUAGUUUCUUUUCCUUAUUUUGUCCUAGAUGGCAGGAGAGAGGAAUUCCCGGCACUUUUAUAAACUCGAUUUAUUAAUCAUGAACCAUGGCAUCCUCACCGCAGUUAAGACGUUCCUUCCUCAAAGUUACGAUGCCUCGACGAUUGCGCUCAUGGUUCCAGACGACUUUCAAGCGACACGGAAAUGCGGAGGAUAGGAAAGGUUCUAAGGACCAAGAGCAGUCUCGUCCUGCACCUCUGCUCGUGUUGUCGACGUUUACACAGCACAUCUCCGCCACUACCUCUACGUCCUCCUUUCCCCUCCCGACUUCCCUCCCCCUCCCGGCCGCUCCAGCUACCGGUUCCGCCGAUACAGAGACGUCCGCCAGCGUGGAUAACACGAAGCAGGUGGAAAAUCUAUAUUCCAAACUUCCCGUAUCACGUAGCCAUAUUCGCUUGCUUCAACUAUUGCCGUCCGAAAACGAGGACGCCGCAAUACACUGUCGGCUCUUCUGCACCCCAUUGGACUCAAAAGGCACUCGUCCGUACGAGGCCUUAUCCUACGUGUGGGGCUCCGAGGCUAAGCCUUGUUCCAUCUCUAUAAACGGGUGCGACUUGCCCAUCGGAGAAAACCUUUACGCAGCGCUGUUACAUCUUCGAGAUCACUCUAUUGAACGAACUAUAUGGAUAGAUGCUAUUUGCAUCAACCAAGAUGACGAAGAAGAAAAAGGACACCAAGUUCAAUCUAUGGCGAAGAUCUACGCUAAAGCAAGUCGCGUGAUUGUUUGGCUUGGAGAAGAGGCAGCCAGUAGCGACCAAGCGCUCGAAGAAAUACGCAUUGCAGCUGAGCUAUCUAUGCUUGAAGAAAUACGCAUCGCAGCUAAACGCGACCAAGCACCCGAAGAAAUACGCAUCGCAGCCCAGCGUGACCAAACACCCGAAGAAAUACGCAUCGCAGCCGAGCUGUCUACAAGACAAUUAAAUAAUAAAGCAGGAAUCCUUACACUGCUUCAACGAUCGUGGUUUCAGCGCAUUUGGGUGCUUCAGGAAGUUGCCGCGGCUCGCCAUAUCCUGAUCAAGUGUGGUUCUGCUGAGGUUGACGGAUUUGCAUUCUGCUCAGGCCUGAAAGCAUUGAACCUGUCCAAUGAACUCCCCGCAGACUUGUGGGCUCAAAUCCUUUCGGUAACCUACCUCAUACGGGGCGCAAUCUUCCGGCCCAAAUACGUCUACGCAACCAGUCAGGCGGACAACUUUUCUCUUGAUAUACGCCCUCUGGGUGAAUUGAUAGAGAUGUACCGCGCUCGCAAAGCUACGAAACGUUGCGAUAAAGUAUAUGCCUUACUCGGUAUGAGCUCUGAUAAUCCAACCGCAGCAGGAUUAUUCGCCGACUACAACAUUUCGUGGAAACAACUCUUCAACAAACUCAUCCAUUUCGUCUUAUCUGAAUUGGUCUCAGUAAACGGCCUUUGGGACGAUAAGGAGAUUGCCAUCAUUGAGGGCAAGGGCUGCAUUCUUGGUGAAGUGUCCUCGGUCACGAGAAAUGCUACUUGGGAAGACAGACAAGAUGUGGCCAUUACUUGGAGUAAUGCCCCCAGCUAUAUUUGCGUAAAGGAAGCGUGGGGUUCUUGUUGGACCCUCCCGACCACGGUAAAAUCCGUCCAAGAAGGAGAUGUCGUCUGCCUUCUUCAAGGAGCGUCGAGACCCACGAUCCUUAGGCCAUACAACGAUUACUGGGCGGUUAUAAUAAUUGCAGUUUCCCCAGCAGGCGAUUCACAAGCUACGACCAAAGAUAUCAAGUGGCCCGAACUUUUACAAUCGACAAUAGUCUUUUCACACAAUUUUCGACUUGAGUGGGAUUGGGAUAUAAAUCCAGACAAGCAGUAAGAUAAAAACAACUACGACUAUUUGGCAAGCAUUCUAGUACCAAAGCAUUCAAAGACAUGGUGGGAAGGUUGUCUAAAUGCGGCGACUAGGAUACGGAAUGUCAGAUUGGCAUUACAAGAGGUGAAACAG